AUGAACAGACAGAGGGUUCUGCUGCAGCAUUUGAGACCCAAUUCUUCUGUUUCUUCUUCCAAUUAUGAAUCUGCUCCUCUUUCUGCUUCAAUAUGUGCAGCUGGAGAUAGUGCUGCUGCCUACCAUAGAACAGCUGCUUUUGGAGACGAUGCAAAGCGAGGCGCUUUUAAGGACACUCUACCUGAUGAUUUACUGGCACCUGUUUUAAAGGUGGAUAUCUUUGCACAAGCCCGCGACUGCCUUCUUCCAAUGGGUAUUACUUCUGAAAAUGUUGCACAACGUUAUGGUGUUGAAUCACAUAGGCAUGCUGCUGUAGCCCAAGCAUCUGGUAAAUUCAAAGAUAAAAUUGUCCCUGUAUCAACUAAGAUUGUGGACCCAAAAACCGGAGAGGAGAGGCCUGUUACAAUUUCUGUGGAUGAUGGUAUCCGACCAAAUACAAACAUGAACGAUUUGGCAAAACUAAAGCCUGCAUUUAAACGAGAUGGAUCUACAACUGCAGAUCUUUUAUCACUCGAUUUUUAUAAAGCAUUCUGCCUACUACACAUGACAGAAAUGCUAGCCAGGUGA